AUGUCGGUUGACAAGGAGCGUCCGGCCCAACCGCAGGAGGCAACCUUUGACGCCGUCGCAGAAUUCAAAAAAUUGACUGCAGGCACGCGUUCUGGAGGCGUGUAUAUGCCUCCUGCACGCCUUCGUGCGUUGCAGGAAGAGGCAGCAAAGGACAAGACGAGCCCAGAGUAUCAGCGUUUGUCAUGGGACGCGCUCCGAAAAUCCAUCACGGGUAUCGUCAAUAGGGUCAACAUUGUCAACAUCAAACAGAUUGUUCCAGAACUGUUCAAUGAGAAUCUUGUUCGCGGAAAGGGACUUUUCGCCCGCUCCAUCAUGAAAGCACAAGCUGCUUCUUUGCCCUUUACUCCAGUAUUCGCGUGCCUGGUUGCCAUCAUUAACACGAAACUACCCACCGUUGGAGAAUUGGUUCUAGUGCGGCUUGUUAGCCAGUUUCGUCGAUCCUUUAAACGUAAUGACAAGCCAGUCUGUGUCGCAACCUCGACGUUUAUCGCUCAUUUGGUCAACCAAUCUGUUGCAGACUCGGCCCUCGCGCUCCAAAUCAUCAUUCUGUUGCUUGAGCGACCCACCGACUCGAGUGUGGAGAUUGCAGUCGGCUUCAUGAAAGAGGUCGGAGCCUAUCUCUCGGAGUUUCCAAAAGAGAACAAUCUCCUGUUCGAUCGUUUCCGCGCAGUCCUUCACGAGGGAGCUAUUGACAAGCGCGUUCAAUACAUGAUCGAAGUUCUGUUCCAAGUCCGAAAAGAUCAAUACAAGGAUAACCCCAUGAUUCCAGAGGGUCUCGACCUCGUCGAACAGGAGGAUCAAAUCACGCACGAGAUUAAUUUGGACGACAAGCUCGAAGUUCAAGAGUCUCUGAAUGUCUUCAAGUUUGAUCCAGAUUACUUGCAACACGAGCAAGAAUACAAAGAAUUCAAGUCAGAAGUUCUCGGUGACGACGAAUCCGAGUCGGACGAAGAUGGAAGUGACAGCGAAAGUGAUGAUGGAGACGCUCCUGUCCAAGAGAAAGAAGGUAUCCAGGACAAGACAGAAACCAACCUCGUCAAUCUGCGAAGAGUCAUCUAUUUGACCUUGCAGAAUGCUCUCGGCUAUGAAGAAGCAGUGCAUAAACUGUUGAAAAUCAAACUGCAGGAGGGAGAAGAGAUUGAGCUUUGUAACAUGGUCGUAGAGUGUGCGUCUCAAGAGCGGACCUAUUCGCGCUACUAUGGCCUGAUCGGCGAACGACUUUGCAAGUUGAAUCGGGUCUGGUACGAUUGCUUCGAGCAGGCAUUUGGAAACUAUUACGAGACGAUUCAUCGAUAUGAAACGAACCGCCUUCGAAUCAUUGCCAAAUUCUUUGGCCAUCUAUUGGCGAGUGAUGCCAUUUCGUGGUCCGUUCUCGAGGCCAUCAAGAUGAACGAAAACGACACUACGUCGGCCAGUCGUAUCUUUGUCAAGAUUAUGAUGCAGGAAAUGAACGAGGCGAUGGGGACGAAAGCAUUGGCAGAGCGUCUCAAGGAUCCAGACGUCCGACAGCAUUGCAAGAACAUGUUCCCUACCGACCUCCCCAAGAAUACUCGUUUCUCCAUCAAUUUCUUCACCAGCAUCAACCUCGGUGUGCUCACUUUGGAAAUGCGAGAGCAUCUUACGAAUGCUCAAAAGCUUCUCAUGGAGCAACGUGCGCAGGCACCGUCAUCCUCGUCCUCUGACAUCGAAGUCGAAGCCGAAGUAUCAGCCCACGGAGAAGGAGCCGAAGCCGAGAGAGUGAUCGUUAUGCUCGUCGUCGGUAUGAUUCGCGAUCACGGAGCCCCCGUCGAACGCCUCCUUCAAGUUCUCGCAAACGAUAUGACGAUUCACCUCCACCGAAAAGUCGACGGUCUCGCUCGCCGAGGAGGGAUGAGCGGGAUCGUCGCCGGCGUAAAGCGCGAGUCCCAAAUGCGGACGCUCGUCUUUACCAAUGGGUCCCUCGACGCGCAACCGACGACAGCGACGACGAGCGAGUGGGAAGGCUUUGACCUGGGAUACGGGAUCAUGUUCGACGACGGCCAGCACGAUCCCACCGCUCCAUUUGGGACAGACGACAAGAACGACAACGUCCAUCCGUAUUCAACCUAUCUUCACGAGGAUCUGCAGCCCACAGCGAGUCCAGAGAGCCCCACGCUCCCAGACAACGACGUAGAAGACUUCUUGCCCGUUAAACUCGACCCGCCGCUCGAGCCUCCAGUGUCACCCAUCGCCCCAGAAUUGUUAGACAAGGCGUCCAACAAAAAGGCUCCUGCGAUCGUAGACCCAUUUGCAGAGGCAUUUUUACAGGAGUCAUUGGGGACGGAUAAGUGGACGACAUUCUCUGCGCGUUUGUUUGAGCGCCGGCUCACAGGCCCUCGCGGAAAACCAAAGAAGGCGUCGCCAGUCCCCACUGGGCCCGAUGGGCAGACCGAGACGACUGCGACGGUCAUCGACUUUCUUUGCAAAGCAGAGGCUGUCAAAGAGGUGCUUCGUGUCUAUGUACCCCAUCCAUAUAACCCAAGCAAGACGCUAUCACACAGCUUUCCAAAAGCUCCAAGCGGCCGUGUUACACUGUCGAGAUCGACUGUCCUCGCACUCUCCGGAUGGUCAAAUACUCAAUUUUCCUAUUGGGCACGACGCUCCGAAGCCAUUGCCGUCCUGGCUGCCCACGAUAACAGACUAAAGAUGGUGGCCAAUGCCUUUUCGCGUCGCCUGAAUGGAAACAAGAUUCCAGAUGAAGUUGCGGCCGUUGAGGGUGUGACGGGCAAGGGCCUCGAUCUGAUCAUCGACGAAGUCAAAGAACGUACAGGCGCUAGUCCAUUUAUUCAUGGCAAACACUCUUCUCUGGACCCGUUUUCCGUCGCCGAAUCAGUUCUCGACGCGCCAGCUGCGAGUGCGACGCCAUCCUGGGCCGAUUUUACGACACUUCAACCACCCUCUUCUGGGUAUGACCCCACAGCAUUCAUGUCAGAUGGGUCUGGAGCGGUGGACCCUUCUCAGGCUGCGCAGACGGCAUUCUUUAUGAUUGGAGAGGGACACGUUGCACCGUCUUCACUUUCCCCUGUCAGUCCAAUUGCGCCCAGCGGGCCUCCAGCACCGAAACGAGGACGACCCCCGUCCGGUAACCGCGCCAAACGAGGCUCCAAGCAACUCAAUGCAUCAGGUACUGGAAAGGAGGGGAAAUCCUCGACCGGCAAGCGCAAGGCUACCGGAGACUCGGAUACCCCAUCCACAGGAAGAAAGCGAGCGAAAACCAAUGCAUCCACCGACGAAUCAUGA